UCAACAAGGAUGUUGUGGACUAGCCGUUGUAGAAGUUAUCUUUUCGCUGUGUUGUGGGACAAAAGUAACAUUCUAUCAAGGCUUAUUCAUGCCACGAGUACAAAAUAGACUAGAUGAACGUUUACUUUGCAGCAGCAAUACAGUGCACUCUCGAUGCAAUGAAUGAGCAUGUCUGUGAGCUAAUUUUCUCUCCACCACAUAGAACUAGCAUGGCAGAUCUUGAGUGCCUUUAGUUACUGUACUUUCAUCGAUAUGUGGUAAUGAGUGACGUCUUACACUAUUGGAAUGAAUGGGCUCAAAGAUGUUUAUCAAGACAUUCGUCCAGUUACCCUGUGUCUGGCAGAGAGCAGGGUCACAUCCCGACUGUACUGCGGAUCGGCCAAGGGACUGGAGACAACUGUGGCCAACUUGGUGGAGGCAUUCCUAGUGGAAGUGUACCGCUGCAAAGUCUGCCAGUACACCAGCAGCAUUAGAGGCAACAUCAGCGCACAUGUAGCACAUGACCACGACACCCUCGCAUGUCUAGAUAAAGAUGACGGGGAAAGCUCGGAUGUUGUCUUGGACGCCAAAGAGAGCGAAGAGGACCUGAGCCAAAAUGAUGCCUCCUAUGACUUGGAUGGCGAGCUGCACUCCAAAGACGGCGAAGACCACAUGGAUCAUAUGGGACUGGAACGCAUGUCCUUCCUGCUUCCCAUGUAUGGCAUGCUGCAGAACAUGAGCCCGCGCUCUGUUGACAUAGGCCUCAGCUCGAACUCCGAGGGCAGUCUGCACGCAGUGGAGACCUGUGAGGUGAGUACCUUGUUUGCAGAGAAUGAUGUCCGGGAGGAUAGCGAAGAAGAGGAGUCUGUGUUCCAGCUCCGUGACGCCAGCGCGGAUUUGCCAACCUCCCUGACCUGUCGAAUGGACUCCGAUGUUGACGAGGAGGAGAUGGCACAGUCGGCACACCUCAUGACCCUGGGCCUCUGCCGCAUCUCCAGCAACAAGGUCCCCCAGCAGCAAGCCAGCGUCGCCACCAAGAGGAGGAAGCCUGCCGCAGGCACACAGUGUCCUCCUGGGGACCUCCUAGACGACAAGCCGCCGUCCACCUUGUCCGCCCCCGAUGCGCUGCAACAACUCGAGGAGGACGGAGGGCUUUCGUGCGUUCUCUGCCAGGCGGUGGUGCCAAACUGGAGUCUGCUGGAGGUGCACCUGAAGUGUCACAACGGGCCUCACGACUUCAAGUGCCCGCGCUGCGGCGCGGAGGCCCAGGACUGGGCGGACAUGGAGAGGCACUGGCGUGGCCACAGCAAGAGGAGAGGCACCAAGCCGCACAAGUACUCCGCCAUCCGUAAAAUGUACCUGAACGAGGAUGCGCAGCACGCGCCCAAGCAGAGGCACAAGCGGCGGAGGAAAGGUCACACACAGGGUCAGAUGAUGCUGCCGUGCCCCUCCUGCCAGGAGUGGUGUCACUCCGAGACGGAGCUGGACCUGCACAAGCGCUGCCAUCACCAGGGAGGGCUCAAAUGCCCACACUGUGCUUUCACUGAUAAGUCUUGGAAGAAGGUUUACAGGCAUGUUCAGACAAAACACAAGACUCUGUGUAAAAAGAAGAAAAGUCACAAGGAGCUGCACAAUGGUUUAGAGAACUCACCAAAACCAAAGGCAUUUGAGCCAAACACAUGGUACCAGUCAGUGAAGAAAAGGGCGAAACAGACAACCGCUGAGAAGGAGAGACAAAACCAGACCAACGGACACUCGCACAAGGACCCCGGUAGUCUCAAGAAGAGAACAGUGGGGAGAAAGGAGUUCUGCUGUACUCUCUGUGACAGGACGUUCUCCACGAAGAUGACCAUGCGUCGCCACAUGGGCAUCCACGAGGGAGACAAACCCUUCGAGUGUCCGCAGUGUGACUACAGCACCCGACUCAAAGCCUCCCUGAAACAGCACCUCCGGGUGCACACAGGUGAAAAGCCAUUCAAAUGCACCCAGUGUCCGUAUGCCUCCAUUGACCGGAGCUCCCUACUCCGGCACUCUCGCACUCACACACUGGAGAGGCCGUAUUGCUGCCAGUACUGCUCAUACAGCAGCAUCCAGAAGAAGAGCUUGGACCUGCACCUGCGGCGACACCACACGGGAGAGUCCUUCCCCUGUGACCUUUGCCCUUACGCCACGCCAGACCCACAGCUGCUGGUGCGCCACGUACGCAAGCACCACGGCUCAGACGGCUCACCCCUGGUGACCCAGAAGGCUGCCGCCACCCAUCCCGCGGCCGGCCACAAGACAGCAGGCGCUGCACACUGACUGAUCAAUCUCCAAUGACUGACCUCUUAACAACAUGGACUCACAGAGUUCUGUACAAUGAACAUAUCCCCUUUGGACACAAAAAUGCCAAAAUUCUGUGAUUUGGGGGGUCAUGGAAGUGAUUUCCGUGAUGUGCUCACGGAAGUGUUCCCAAAGCUCUAUGUUACCACAGUCUUGUUCCCAUGUUCCUCACUGUGAAAGUUUUUCACUGUGGAGACUGUACUAUGUAUACAUGUUGUAGGCAUCUGAGGAUGUAUUUCUAAUCAAUCAAUGAAUUUAUUUUUGUAUUUUUUUUUACCAAAGAUAAUGCAGAAACUUUUUUUUAUGACAUUAUGAUGAUGAUAGUGAUGGUGAUGAUAGAUCUGUUCAAAGGUCAUAAUCUGUUUCAGAUACAUUUAUCUGCAGACACAAAUAAACAUCAACAAGUCAAUACUAAUUAUAGUGUUGAUUAAAUGUGAUCCUAAAAUGAG